CUUCCCUGUCGACUUCCUCAUCGAGCUCAAAACAAGACGGAAACGAAAGCACUAGGAUGAAGCUCCGUCGCGUAAAUUAUGAAGAUGUGGCGGUGGAGGGAGAUGUUGAUGUAGGUAUACUAGGUGGCACUGGUACAACUACCGGAUGGAGAACCGCCUCGGCAUCUUCCCACCAACUCCAACACCCGCCACCGCCGCCAAUCUCGACUUUUCGUGAUGUUGUUCAGC